CCUGGCAUCCCUGCAUUCGAGAGAAAAUAACAUUCGAACUGUCAAAUUUUAACUAAACUAAAAGUUUAAAAAUUCGUCAAAUGGUUCACAGACUAAAUAGUAAAAAUAUUGUUCAAAGAAAUCUACGCUGAAAUAUGGCCAUGAAUGCUCCGGAGGAUAUAACGGUUGUAGAUGUAUACGAUAUUGCUUCUGCCAUUGGAAAGGAAUUCGAAAAAAUCAUCGAUGAAUAUGGACCUUGUUCCGUUUCUGCUCUGAUACCAAAAGUAAUCAACAUAUUGGAAUCACUUGAAUCCUUUGCUUUUAGAAGAGAAAACGAAUAUUCCAUCAUACAAGUACUGAAUGAUAAGAUAUCUCAAUUGGAACUUAAUAAAAUGGAGAAGGCAGAAUACAAAAAAAAAGUUGAUAAGGAAAUGGAAUCAAUUGAAGAACAAUGGCGUUCAGAGACUCGGGAGCUACAGCAACUUGUUAGUCGUCUUCAAAAUGAAAACCGUAGACUAAUAAAUGAACAAAAUAGGGAGGCGUCAGUAAUACAAUCAGCUGAAGCUGCAAGUGUGGAAAAUUUGACCAAUAACGCUUUUUGUAUGGAUUGUGACUCGUCUAAAAUUUCUACAUUAAAGCAAAAAUUUGAUGAACAAGUAGAUGUGGUGAGGUCCAUGGAAUGUGAGCUUCACAACAAAGAGUCUGAAAUAAAUAACAUGUCAGUACAGAUAGACAGGCUCAAGUGUACUAUCGGCGAUUGUCGCAGGCGUCACAAACUAUCACAAAACCAAAUAAUUACAAUGUUCGAAGAAAGAGCUGAUUUCCUAGUCCAGCUGCAAGACCAACAACAUGAAAUAGUGAAACUUAGGAAACAGUUAGGAACAGCAGAGAAAGAAAACGAAGAUUUGACAGAUAUGGUGAUGGACGAUACUCAACCACGUUUUUCAACAGCGGAACUAAAAGAGGUACUCACAGAACGAAAUGAACUGAAAAUAAGGGUUAAUGAUUUAGAACAAGAGUUACACCACUUCAAGUACGUUAGUUCUUGCAGUCUAGAUAAUAUCUCCGCUAGUAACAUAAUGGACCUUCCUGUACAAGGACCGUUACCAUAUGAGCCAGAUGAUGCUCCUUGGAAAAAACAAUCAGAAAGUGGAAUUCGUAAAUUCUUUCGAAAAUUUUUCUUUGACAACAAUACCGAUACAGCCAAAUUUCCGCACCGUUCAAUUUCAUCUCUUACUAAAAUGCCUGUUUCCUCUGGUCCACAUAGCGACAUUCCAAUAUAAAGCAUUUGUUGUGUACUAGGACAGUUUACAUUGGUAUAAUGUUUCGAAUAUAACUUAUACACAUAUUUACUAAUUUUUGGAUGGCUCGGUCGGUUGUAUUACUCGUAUGUACUGGAUUACAAUCGAUGACUACUAAACUACACCAUAUUAGAUUAUUAACGAAAUGUUUCAUCCAAAACCAGCGUUUAUUCUAAAGCCGCGAGGCUCUUUGCAGUAUCACGAAGUUGUCUCAGGUUCACUCGGUCUAUGGUAGUCGUCAGGUUAUCAGCAAUAGAGAUGACAUACCACGUUUGCUGAACACCCAAUAUAUUUGAUUGGAAAUAUGAUGCGAAUUAAAAAGAAAUCAAAUAAACAUCAUGUACAAA